CCUCAAAUCGUCGUGUCCACAGCCACAGUUUUCUACGAGAGAGCAAUAUGCCUUGCUGCAUGUAAAAGCCAUGUACAACCCCAAGAAAAUGCACAUCCUCGAUCAGUAAACGCAGCGGCUGUGGCUUAGGAAAUAGAAUCUAUAAGAAUUGCACUCAACCCCUCUUCGAAUUGAAAGGUCGGCUAUCACGCCGACAAUACAGUUUCCUUGUUGACUCGGACUACAGAAUUCCAUCAUGGAACCCGUAACAAUAAUAUCUCUAGUCUGCAACGUGUUCGAUCUAACUGAACGAACAAUAAAAUGCGCCAAAAAGGUGAAAGACAUCUACGAUUCGACCACAGGGUUUCCAAAGGAGUAUGAUCGGUUAUCUGAGCUCACCAAAGAGUUAGAUGUCUUCCUCGGCAAUGUUCGAAGCAGUCAUGGGAAGUUACGGGAGAUUGAGAAUGAAGAUACUAAUAUCCAAGACGUGGCCAGCGAGUGUCAAAAUUUCUCGUCGGAUAUUGAUGCCCUAUUAGAGCGAUGUCGAGCGAAAAAGCCCGCUUCUAUAAGGAGCACAUUUGGUGCGGUCAUAAGAACAUAUCGUAACAAGGACGACCUUCAAGCUAUCCAGGACAGUCUAGAAGAGCGCAAGCAAACGCUACAUCUAGCUCUUACGGCAUCUGCAAGGUCCCAAAUCAUCAAGGUCGAGAAAGCCCUCAACGAAGAGCAGGUUCAGAACGACGACCUAAAAAAACAACUCAACAUCGUUCAGCAGAAGUUGAACACACUUAAUGACGUGCCCGAUCAACUGCAACAAGCUUUGAACCUCUGUCGACAGGCGCAAACAGCGCGAGAACUCAAUCACGUCUUUCGGAUACUGGGCGAUAGAAAUGGCGGCAUGAGAUCGAAUCCUAGAUACGACGAAGUGCAUGCCACUUACGAAAAUACCUCCGAAUGGAUUUUCCAUGAGCCGGAAAAGGUCUUUAAAGUUAAACCAGAUCUCAGAUUGUCGUUCGUCGAUUGGUUACGGACCGGUAGAGAUAUUUUCCAUGUCCUUGGAAAACCCGGCUCUGGUAAAUCAACGUUGAUGAAAUUCAUUUGGAAUCAUGAAGUAACGAAAGAAAUGCUGAAGCAGUGGGCUGGGCGAUCCCAGCUCCUUCGCAUGAAAUACUUCUUUUGGAGGUCUGGGUCUCAUCAGAACGGGCUGCAAGACCUGAGACGCUCUCUGCUCAAAUCUGCCCUGGAACAAGCCCCUGAACUCAUGGAGAUACUUCUACCCAGGAUUCAUGAAUGCAAAACAGCACUUGACGAAUACCUCAGCGACGACGAGAUAUCCAAAGCGUGUGAAUUGUUGAUGAAAGAUCCCCGUGUUUUAGAACGACGUAAAAUAUUCAUUCUUAUCGACGGCCUUGACGAAUUUGACGAAGAAAACAAUGCUGAGGAUUAUGACGACCUGGUGCAAACCAUUCAAGGCUGGACUUCCCAGCCAGACGGGAAGGUCAAAGCCUGUGUUUCCAGCAGAGAGUACGAUGUUUUCAGAUCCAUCGCCCAUAGCCUUUCAUUUCGCCUGCAGGAUCUCACCAGGGAAGAUAUGCGGAUUUUCGUUGCUGGGCGCUUGAAGGAACAUUCCCGGUUUUCAGAACUGGAAUAUGCCUGCAAGCAAAAUUCCCAAGACAUUUGUCGACGUGAAGGACGGUCACACGAAUGUAAUCUCGAUUGCCUGAUUAGGCAUAUCGUCGGUUCAGCCCACGGCGUCUUCCUUUGGGUUUGGCUUAUGAUAUGUGAAACACGAAGGCAUAUAGGGAACAGCCUAUACGAGCUAUGGAAACUUGUCGACUCCAAACCCCCGGAACUAAUGGAUUUUCUAAAACAAAUGCUCGAUACAAUACCGUAUCCGCACCAACGAGAAUCAUACAUUAUACUAGCCAUUGUCCAUAUUUGCGAAACGUCGCGUUAUAGUAGUCCUCACUUAUGGUUUUCUCUACGUACUACGGACGCGUCCUAUUUAUGGAACAAGCUGCUUCAAGAGCGGGCGGGAUCUGAUUUCCAGCUAUCCGAUCCGAGCGAGCCUGUCAACUGGGAUAUAUUUACAGCAGAAGAAGUCGACGUUCGCUUCAACGGGCUACUUGAAGUCGACGUUCGCUUCAACGGGCUACUUGAACAUGCGUCUAGCUUGACACCAAGCCUCGUUUUUACCCACCGUUCAAUCAUCGAAGUCCUAGACGAAUGCAUCGCCACGAAAUUACGCCCAUAUAACGUCACCCAGAAAAAGCUGGGCAAGUAUAUAUGUCAGAUUCUUCUUAUUUACACUAUGCCACAAAUAAUAAGCAGGCUCUACUUUGGUAUGGAAGUUAUCAGUAUUCUCGACAUGCUUGAACGCAUGAACAUGAAUGUACUUGAAGAACCUUGGUGUAUACAGCAAUUAGAUCAUAUCGAAGAUACUUACUGGACGGCAAAGACAGACUGGAAAAAUAUCCUUUCUAGGGCCCCCGACUCUUUUUCUUUGCUAGAAGCUGUCUGCACUGUAGGGUUCUCCAAGUUAUUGCCUUGGGUCUUAGGAAGACUAAGUGGCACACCCAAGCGAGGUCAUCUAGCAUCAGUGGCAAUUUUAAGUUGCCUGCUUUUCACGUAUAUGGGUAUAGGCAUUACCGAACAACCGACAAUCCUAAAAGUGCUUCUGAAGCACGGAUACGUCGGUGUUGAUAUACUUGACAGAGGCAUCGGGGUGCAGAUACCCAAAUAUGGAUGUCACACUACUAUGCCAUGGCUCCAUUAUAUUAGAAUGCUCGUGCAGGGAAGUGCAUUGUCACGUGAAAAAGGUUGGUUAUUCUGUGAGCCGUGGUUAGAAUCCGGGGCUAAUCCACGGGUUUGUCAUUAUGAAGACUUUCAUCUUCCUGUUUCAUUAUUUGUAAAAAUUGAGGGCGGAUGGUGGUGUGCAAGGGGAGAGUAUUCGGUAAUAACUGAAAACUGGAAAACCGAAAAGGUUUCUCUACUGCCUCCAGGUCCUAAAACAACCCUCAGGGACCUCGUUGAACGUUCGGAGGCCCCCAACAAAGAACGAUUACUGGAACUCAUAGACCGAAACACCGCCUGGAUCGAAGCCGACGAAGCAGAAGAGGUCCGGGUCAUGUUUGAGGAACUUCCGUCGACGGAUGUGCUUGACGUGCCUGAAUACGUGCCUCCACGAAAGACAGCGAGAGAUAUCUGGAGGGCCUACAUCCUGAGACUACGCCAUAUGGUCCUCGAGAUCGAGCACAGAGUCACUGGUAGAACUGUCUUUACUCAACUGAUAUACGAUCGCAUUGGCAGCUCAACAAAGAUAGGGAUUGCCAUAUUGGCAUCCUUGGUGUUGGCUGUGUCCAUUGCUAUAGUAUGGGGUAUCACGUCAGAUUCUAAUCAUUCGAGAAGGGGGACAGUCUUUUUCAGGACAUAUGGUGGAGUUAAGCAAGACGUUCUGGCAAUGGGGGGGAACGGUCAGUAAGAGGGGUUAGAAAGGAGGUCUUAUUCGGAGAUGCUGGCAAUACCUCACUAAUUUUUCCUAUUAAUAUAGACUAUUGGCAACUAUUUACUAAGUCACCCCAUAUCGCCACCAAAGAGCAUAGAAAUUCCAAAUCAAUACCAGGUACCUACUUACCUACCCCGUACUCAAUUCUCCUAUUCCCCGAUUACAUAAUCAAUAGCGCAACAACACAAGAGAAACUUCAAAAUCUUCCGGCCGAACAAAGCCAUCCAUGUACAAGAGUAACAAAAAACCCAUCAAAUCAAAUAAUAAGAUCUAUAAUCCCUUUGACGAAACACUCGGUACCCCGAGCAAUUAAGCCAAAUAAGUACAUAACCUAGCAACACUUCCAAGCCCACGAGCUUUACCAAAUC